UUUAUCUGCGCUGCCAACGUUUUCCUUGACUCCGACACCUCCAGUAUUGAGAGCAAACACGAAGUCACAAUCCUAGGAGGACUCAACGAAUUUGUAGUGAAGUUUUAUGGACCACAAGGAACACCGUACGAAGGUGGCGUGUGGAAAGUUCGCGUGGACCUUCCUGACAAAUACCCUUUCAAAUCCCCAUCUAUAGGAUUCAUGAAUAAAAUUUUUCAUCCCAACAUUGACGAAGCGUCAGGAACCGUAUGUCUAGAUGUAAUUAAUCAGACUUGGACAGCUCUCUAUGAUCUUACCAAUAUAUUUGAGUCGUUCCUGCCCCAGUUGUUGGCCUACCCCAACCCCAUAGACCCCCUUAAUGGUGACGCCGCAGCCAUGUACCUUCACCGACCAGAAGAAUACAAGCAGAAAAUUAAAGAAUACAUCCAGAAAUAUGCAACAGAGGAAGCCCUCAAAGAGCAGGAAGAAGGCACCGGCGACAGCUCUUCGGAGAGCUCCAUGUCUGACUUUUCAGAGGACGAGGCCCAGGAUAUGGAAUUGUAGUAGGAGCGGCCGUCCUGCUUUUCCCACCCCCCGAGAGACUUGACUUCUUCCUAACCAUGCGCUGAGAAGCAGACUUAUAACAUUCAUAUUUAAACAAAGCAAUUUUUUAUUACUAAACAAGGUUUUUAUGAAUAAUAGCAUUCAGAUAUAUAUACAUAUAUAUAUAUCACCCUUUAGAUCUUGAUUUUUUUUAUUUUUAUUUUUUUUGGUCAUUUCUCAAGAGGGCCCCCCGUCCCCCAUCCCCUGUCCCCCUUUGAAAAAAAAAAAAGCAUCGCGGUGCGUUUCCGACAUUCCACUUGGUAGCAAUAUGAACCCGGGUGCAUGCUGGCAUCUCUUCGUGAUUCCAUUUCAGCUGAGUUCAAACUCCCUUUUUCCUCCUCCUCCCCCCCCGAAAUCUGUUGCUUCGCUCGGGAAAGAAUCUGGAUAAUGCCUCUUUCCCCCCCCCCUUUUUUUUUUUUUAAUCGCCCUCCGUUUUUUCUUUUUUCCUUUCUUUUUUUCUUUUUAAAUCGAGCGUUCCAAAGACAGCAAAACACACCCUUGGAUGCAAAUGCGGAACAGCACUUUGAGAAUGUAAAGUAGAAGAUUUUUUUUUUGGGUGGGGGGGGAAGGAAGGAAAGGGGGGGGCGUGUGCGAUUUCAUCGAUGGAAAAAUAUAAGGCCGUGAAGUCCCAACGGUGUUUCUACAUUUUUUGUUUUUGUUUUUCCAACCUGGCUGCUUAUUAGAAAACCUUUUUUUCGAUGGAGUUCACCUUAUUAUUAUUUUUUUUAAUUUUUCAUUCUUUUUUUUUUUUUCUUUCAAAAACCAAAACAAAACCCCCAACAAGAGCCACCAACUGAAUGCAUGGAGUUUCUUGACGUGUCCGAUAUUUUUUUUUACGAAGCAGCUGUGAUUCUGAGUAUAGUAUGCUUUUUUUUUUUUAAUUUUUUUUCCCCUUAAACGGACUUCCUGUCUGCUUAGACUGGUGAUGGAGGUGAUGAUGGUAAUGUUUUUUUUUUUUCUUUGAAGUUGGCCGGGGAGGGGAGGCAAGGUGUGUGUGAAACGCUGGAAGGCCAGCGUGGAAAGUCAAAUGUAAGCCGUUCUUGUUCCUCUGGAGUCUCGGUUUCCUCUGGAGUCUCGGGUCGAGGAAGCGAGCCAGUCCUUUCGAAGGGUGGUGAGGUGGUCUCUUUAACUCGAAGUACCUUGAACCCAAUCCAUUCUGGUCCUCUGUAUCCAAACCACCAGCAGUAGGGAUUCUACACACACACACACACACACACUCACUCACUCACUCUUGUUCUCUUGACACUUCUGCAAACAGCUUCCAGGAGAACAUCUGGAAGAGUUUUGUGCUCCAGGUGGAUUUGACCAAAGUGCCGCGAGCCGGUGGGGAAAAAAAAGGAUGCUCUGGCACUUGGUUAGUAAUGCUCUCCUCACCACUUUGCUUUUCCUUUGCUGUCUGCUUCGCCGUGCUGUGUGAGCUGGCCAGAUGUUCUGAGAAAGUCCCACCACGUUUGGCAAGACUCUGGGCUCCUUUUGAAGAAGGGGAGGGCGGAUUAAUAUCGAAGGUGGUGUCAGAGGGGCUCCAAAUUUCUUCUUUCCUUGACGGAUCGACUUCCCGAUGGCUCCAUACCGCCCUUCCCCUUCGACGGGAAGGAAAGAGCCUUAGACCAGAAACGAUGAUGGUUGUCUAUGGUUGAUAGCAAGAAUGUCCCCUUGAGAUGGAUGUUGCUUCCUCUGGAUUUCUAGAGAUGUGGGGGGGACAGGAUGUUGAGUCGAGGGCUCAGGGGGGGUUGGUGCAUCUUGUAGUAUCGUCAUCAGAACAUGGGUGAAUCAAGAAGAAUGUUGACUGUCAAAAAGAUUGCGCCCUUCCUUUCCACCCGUUCCUUCUUAAAUGCCAUCGGAGUUUGAAAUUGGGGAGUUUGUGGGUGCGUAGAUCUGUGUGUGUGUUUUGGGGAGGGAGGGCUGACGGAACGAGUCCGAUCUUCAACCGCGAUCCCUUCCUUCCUUCCUUCCUUCCUUCCUUCCUUCCUUCCUUCCCCACGUGGAAAGAUCUGUAAAGUAGACUUUGAAUCGGCACGGUGAUUUUCAUUCGAAUAAAGCAAAAGAGCUUAUCGCGUCUUGGGCAUACAGAGCGAGAACAAAACCCAACAACCCGCAAAUAUUAUUCAUAGUCACUUUUUUUGUUGUUUUUUUCCCUUGAAAAUGUUUUUUCGGGUGUGUGUGUGUGGAAAGCAGUGAAAUUGGAUUGCGGUGAGCAGCUGAACUGAUGCUGGAAUAGGAGACCCUAGUUUUUGUCACUCUGGAUCUUGAUGGAAGAUAAGAAGGAUCUUUUAAAUCCGCAUUUCUCGAUUUUUAAGAUGGGCAGAACUUCAACUCCCAGAAUUCCCCAGCCCUGGGGGAUUCUGGGAGUUGAAGUCCCGCCCAUCUUAAAAAGAGGCCCAAAUCGAGAAACGCGGAUUUGAUUCCCUGUCCCUAACCCGGUGCCCUCCUGCAAUUGCCACCCCAUCCCCAUCCUCCCCAGCCGGCGGGGAGGAGUGCACGAUGGGCUUGGUCUGCCUUAAAUGUGCUGCUAAUUGGUUGACCUGUGCAAUGAUCUCUAGAUUUUGAGUGCCAAGCUAUCUAUCAUGAUAGGACUACCACUUUUGAGCAAACUAAACCAUUCUUCUCCCCAAGGUUGUACAUAUAUAGAGAUAGAUAGAUAUAUUAAUACGCUAGUGUUCUAAUUUCCCUUUACGAAGGCAAACCUUUUCUCUUUUUUCGAAACAAUAAAGUCUGAUAUUUUGAGAUUUUUUUGAACGCUCAUAAAUUAAUAUCCCUCCCCCCCUUUUUUUUUUUAAUCCCGUACCUCCGGCCAAGCAAAACCACAAUUCUGGUUUUAAUUAAGGAGCGAAAACUAACCAAAUUUCUGACAGAAAGAUAACCCACGUCAGCACCAAAUUCUGCGCCCCCCCCCCCCCCCAAAUUAGCCCUGCCAACUCUUUUUGAUUCGCAAAGGUCCUUUUUGGGGCAUCUCCUCUCUGGAACAUUCGUGGCUGAGAUGAAAGUUGAAGGUGAUCCUUCUUCUUUCUGGAAUUUAGUUCUUUAACGUAGGUAUCACACCCACACCGUUGCAAACCUUUUCUGACGUCCCUUGACGUAGGCGUUGAGUUGACCUAGAGAUUACAGUUGGCCAAAGGUUGGCGAGAACAAGCUUAAAGGAGACAUUUGGUGAGGAAACAUCUCAGAAGCUUUGACUUAAAAUGGAGCAGGUUUCAGCUCGGUCACCUUCCCAUCCUUGAUCUUGAGACAAGCUGGUACUUUCUCCGUUUCUUCCUUCCUUUCUCUGGGUGGUUUAAUCUCCACCAACGGUCUUCAUUUCAUGACACUGUCAUCCAAACCGCCAACCGUUGUUGAGUUGACGUUGGCUGAACGAAUCCCUCGGGAACGUCUUGCCGUCCAUCUGGGACGCUUCCCGUGUCCUUUUCGAAUUGCAAACUAGACCUGUCUUCGGCGGGCGGGGGAAUGACUAUUUUCUGGAGGCCACCAAACUUUUCAUCCAUCUCUUCACCUUCUUCCCCGAUUGAUCUGUCAAGCAAUCUUCUCAAGCCACCCUUGAGGUAUCUUAAAAGCGAGUUAAAAAAAACUGCGACGCCACAGGUCACACUGACCAGAUGACCCCGAGUCUUGUCCCCUUUCAUUCAAGUUGGGAGAUUUUGUAUUUUUGUGGUUCGGAGCAGAGUUGAGUCCUUCCUGAGAACUUCAGUGAAGUUCUCCUGGAUGGUUUGAGAACUUCAGUGAAGGUCUCCUGAAUUGGUUGGUUGGUGUCUUUCAGAGCGAGGUGGAGAUACAGACGAGACAGAUGGAAAAUACUUCAGCUUUGAGUGUCCUGCAGCUCAGAUUUGGGAACGAGGGGUGGUCGGCGCAUCGUGCACCAUUCCGGUUUGGGAUCUGGGACGUCGCUUUCUUGCGGGUGGGGUGGGUGCCCCCUUAAAAAUUGCCAGGUUUUUUUUUUUUUUCCAAGUUUUUGCUUAAUUUCCCGGAGUGUAUUUGGUACAUUGUGUGAAUACUUAAAGAGGUCAAACGGGAUGCCCGGCCCUCCCCUUGGCUGCCCCAAUUCUCCUCUGCCCCAUUUCCCUUCUUGGCAUUGCGAUGAUGCGGAUGGUGGCGGCAUUGAGGGUGGCGAGUGGGCAGAACCCCCCCCGUGGCGAAUGCCUCUGCUAAGGAUUAUAACCUCUCAGAAUAGUUGUGUAUAAUUAAAGAAACUGUAAACUUUUUAAAAAAUAAAAUAUGUAUAUACCUUG